AGUAUUGGCAGUUGGUCUCCACUGUGCAUGUAAGCAAGGGGGAUUGUGGGAAAGUGCGUGCUCUGUUGGCUGGCAACAGCAACCAGGAAGUGAUGAGAUCUAUAGGGAAUAUAUAUAUUUGCACAGGGAUAAAUAUGUGAUGCUGUGUUUACGAUGUACAAGCCAUUAUCUCCAUUGGACCUAUCAGUAACACUCAUUUCCCACUGAAAAUUCCCAACGCCAUGACUCAGUAUUGGGCAUUAGUGUUACCACUCCUCUUAAUUUCCAAUGAUAUAUGCGAAGAAGAAGACACAGUUUCAGAUGACAUAGGUCCACAUAUGAUCAGGCGCAUAUCACAACUCUUAACUCCAACUGAAUGUCGACAUUUUUAUCAAAAAAUUAUUCAAGAUGAUGAAGACCAUUACAUGUUAUUACCAGAGCCUCCUCCAGAAAAUGGACUAAAGGAACAUGGUAUUAAGACCACAGAAGACUGUACAAAAGUACUGAAGAACUGGGUAGAAUCAAAAGUGCAUAUUGUCUCCGGGGACAGGGUUGUUUCUAUACUAUAUAACGUAGGGCGCCUUGAUAUGGCUUUGGAACUUACCAAGACAUUAACCCAAGACACAAUUCUGGGAUUUAAGAAGAGUAUGGAUAAAUUGAGAAAAACUUCCCAAAGGUCAAAAUCAUCUCUGAUCAUUCUUGAAGAUGACAAUUAUAAAGAAAACAAGCGUCAAGUAAGAGACUGUUAACUUGGAAAGCAGAUAUUGGAGAAGGUGCUAGUAUGGAAAAGGAAGAUAAGAGAGAAAGAAGGAAGGAGAAAAAAAGGAGAAGGGGCAUGGGAACGGUCUCAGGAGGCUGCGUGCUAGCCAAAACAAUCUUGCCAUGGGAAUCAGGCUAAAGAGGUCAAUCCAGUACCUCUAAGAAGUAUGGCAUACUCUAUAAAGUAUUUUGGUGGAAUUGUCAGGUGGAAUUUAUCUGGCAAAUAUUGUAGAGAUGGGGUGAGAUCCUCUAUAUCAUUUCAGGGAAAUUUAUCAGUUGGUUUUACCCUAUAUUUGUUAAAUUGGUAUUAAAAAGUUGCAUAUUUUUGCAAAAUAGGUGAAAAGUUACGACAUUUUGCACAAAAGUCACCAACUUUUUGCCCAAACCCUCCAAUUUUUGUGUACUCUUACACCAGCUUAACCACACUUAGAAACUUGUCUACAUCCAAGCUACUUUGCUAUUUAUGAAGGACUACAUAAAGUGCUAUUUAUGCUCAUCUAUGAUAAAUUUGGGGAAGUACAAUUGAUGUACACCCAGGCAAACAGUGGUAAUAAGAACUUGACACAGACAAUGAUAAAUUCCCCCCAUUGAGUAUAGAAAUCCUCAAUGAAACUGGAGUCUUUUAAUUAUAUUUAGAGGGUACAGUGUGUGGUAGUACUAUAUUCAGAGGGUAAAAGUGUGAUAGCAUUAUAUUCAAAGAGUGCAGUGUGUGGUAGUAUUAUAUUCAAAGGGUACUGUAACGUUACGCUGGCCGUGAGCGCAUGGUCCCCUCACCUGCUGUAGCCUUAGUCUGUCACUCACCUGGUGCUUCUCCUGCCUCCGCCUCUGCUUCUCUGCUCCGGCGCGCAUGUCCCUGUCCCCUAGAGUGCGCAAGCUUUAAGAUUUAAAGGGCCAGUACGCUCAUUAGUGUAAUCCACCUGUGGCUCAUUUAUAAAUUCCUCCACCCUACUCAGUUUCCUGCCGGAUCUUUGUUGCCUUGAACCUGAGAGAAAGCAUUCCUGUUAUUGCCUUGCCGUGUAUCUGAUCUCUUGCUUUGUGACUCGACCUUGCUCCUCUGCCGCCUGCCUACUGACCUCCUGCUACGUCUAGACUACGCUACUGUGCUGCCUGCCCUGACCUUCUGCUAUCCAGACUACAAGCUGCCUUAUCCCCCUGUGCCUUGCAUCUCCUCAGCCGCCUGUGUGGUCAAGCCGUGCCAGGGGUAGCGACCUGGGUGUCGCCUGCAGCAGCAAGUCCAUCCCGCUUUGCGGCGGGCUCUGGUGAAAACCAGCGGCACCUUAGACUCCACUCCCUGGUUCGAUCCGAGUCAUAUGCCACACAG